AUGAACACCUUUCGCCCAUUUGUCGGCAGGAUCGGGAGUAGUUUGACCGGAGGAACUUUCACUCAAAUACCGACACCAAUGUUGCGCAGAUACGCCCUCGGUUUCUCGGCUUCCGCCAGACCGCCAAACAUGUCUUCCGCUACCCCCGUCGAGGAUGCCAUCCGCUCCAAGGUCACCGCGGCUCUCUCCCCCUCCACACUUGAAAUCUACAACGACUCCCACCUUCACAGCCACCACAAGGCCAUGGCUGGAAACACCUCCAAGGAAACACACUUCAGACUUGUCAUUGUCUCCGACGCCUUCGGCACAAAGAUGCAAUCCGCCCGCCACCGCAUGAUCUACGCUCUCCUCCGCGAGGAGAUGGCCCGCGAGGGCGGCAUUCAUGCUCUGCAGCUCAAGACGCUGACUCCCGAGGAGGAGGAAAGGCAGAAGGCAGCCAAGGCAGCUUCCAAGAAGGCUGCUGAGGCCCAGGCGUCCGACGACUCGGCCUGA